AUGGCGUCGCUGGAGUCCAUCUUCGCCGCGCUCGAGACGGAGUACCGGCACGACGCGUCGCCCGGCGAGCGGCGGUGCGCGCGCGAGGCGCUCGCGGCGGUCAAGGCCGACGCCGGGUCCUGCUUCGGCGUCGCGCGCGCGACCGCGGACGCGGACGGGCCCUUCUGCUCGCCGGCCUGCGACGCGCUCCGCCGCGCCCUGGGCCUGCUCCUGGGCGUCGCGCGGCGCGCGCACGCGCCGCCGCCGCCCGUCGAGCCCUGCGGCGCGCCCGCGGCGCCGGCCGGCGGCCUCGCGGCGCUCGCGGCGGGCGACGCGGCCGCGGCCGUGCUCGCGCGGUGUUUAGGCGCGGCAAUCGCGGCGUCGCGCGCGGUCCACGGCCUCUGGGCGCCGCCCCUCGGCGCCGCGCUCCGCGGCGACGGCGUCGCGCGCCUCGCGCUCGCGCCGGCCGUCGACGAGAUCCGCGCGAAGACGGACCCGGGCGGCGCGGCGCUCGCGGCGUCGGGCGGCGGCCUGGGCACGGCCGCGGGGCUGCUGCGGGGCCGCGCGGACAGCGACCACGCGCUCCGGCGCGCGGACGGCCCGGGCCUCGGGCCGCGCGCGCCGGACCGCGGGAGCGUCGCCGCGCGCUGGGCCUGCAUGCUCAACGAGCUGCGGAGCGCGCUCUACCAGAUGGCGCGGCUCUGGGUCGAGUGCCGCGGCGCCUUCGCGGCCGACGGCGCGGAGCUCACCGCGGGGCUCUUCGGGUCGCUCGGGCUCCUGGGCGACGGCGCGUCGGCCGCGGUGCUCGAGUCCAUGGAGCACCGCCACGUGACGUCGCUGCUCAAGCACGUGCUCGAGCCGCUCAUGCUCCGCUGCCCGCCGGCGCUCUACGACUCGCACCUCGCGCCCGUGCUCCGGCGCCUGACGGCGCACGCGCUGGGCGCGCUCGUCGGCGAGCCCGCGUGGCUCGCGAACGCGGGCUGCGAGUACGACCUCCUGUCGCUCUGCCGCGCGGUCUACGUCGCGCUCGUGCUCGCCGCGGACCCGGCGCGGCUCGGCCGGCCGCCGCCCGCGCCGCCGCGCCACGACGGGCCGCGCCGCGCGCUCCUCGCGCUGCCGGGCGUCGGCGCCGCGCCCGUCGCGCGGCUCGAGGACGACCUCCGCGCGGUCGCCGCGCACAAGGACCAGAAGAACGCGUUCCACGAGCUCGUCGUCCUCGCGCUCAACGCCAAGCCCCGGGCCGACGACGGCGGCGGCGGCCCCCCGGGGCCCGCGCCGCCGCCGCCCGCGGGCCGCCGCGUCGACGCGUCCUCGCUCCGCGGCGCGACGCCCGCGGUCCUCGACCUCCCGGGCGACAUGGCCGGCGCCCGGAGGCUCGUCCCGGCCGCCGACGGCGGCGGCCUCGGGGCGCCGAACCUCGCCGACCUCUUUAAGGACUAG